CCAAAAUAGAAUAAUUAGUCAAAUGCCUACUUGAUACAUAAGUGCUCAACAAUUGAUUCCAUAUUAUUGGUUUAAUCCAAUGCUAUGUACAACAUGACAAACAAGACCUCAAUCGUUUUACUUUUACAAGUGAUUAUUCUUAAAGUUCAAAUGUUUUUCAAUAAUACAGAACAUUUCAAUAUAACAAGUAAAGUUUGGGCCAGAUUGAUACAAAGCCCAAAACCAAAAACAAAAAAAAUUAAAACCGGAAGUUAGGGUUGUACUUCAACCCCCGCCGCACUACUUCGUCCGUCGUCUCUUUAUCGCAAAUAGCAAGCCGCGGAGAGACUGUGUGAGCUCAGCAAUGGCAGCAAAAGCAAGGAACCCCAGAAAGAUCCGGAACCCAGAUCUCGUCCGCCGGGUGGGUAAGUUCUCGAGGUCCAAAAUGUACCACAAGCGUGGUCUUUGGGCUCUCAAGGCCAAAAACAGCGGCGUCUUCCCUCGCCACCAUGCGAAGCCGGCAGCCGAGACCCAGCCUGAGAAGCCGCCCAAGUUCUACCCAGCCGACGAUGUCAAGAAACCCCUCGCCAACAAACGCAAGCCCAGGCCCACAAAGCUCAGGGCUAGUAUUACAUCAGGGACGGUGCUGAUUGUAUAAGCUGGAAGGUUUAGGGGAAAGAGAGUUGUUUUUCUUAAGGAGCUUUCAUCUGGGCUACUUCUUGUUACUGGUGAGUUCCGAUUUUUUUAAACAGAAAUUAUUGUUCCUGAAUUUCGAAUGAAUGUUAAAAAGUUUUAUGUUACUGGGAGGUUCUUUGAUCAGUUGAGAGACUCUAAUUGUAUAAAUGGUCAUUCCAACAUAACUUAUUUUAACAAAAUUUUGAUGAAAUUGAUGAAAAAAAGACUAUAACUACACAUUUUGAUAAGUUGAGGGAUCAAUGGUAAUAGAUUUUUAGUUGAGGGAUCAUUGCUACAAUUUACUCAAAAGCUAAUAAUUUAACUAUUAAAUUUUUCACCACUUGCAUAAAAAUAUGUGGUAUACCAUUGUUCCGACCGUAAUAAAAAUUUCUCACGAGAAAGAGGGGCGGAAAGAAUUAACAAAAUGUACUUGGCUAAAGGGUGGAAAAGUGUGUCUAGCAACUUUUUAUAAGAUUAUGAAGGGAAUGAAAGUUGAGAGAAAGGAAGCACUUUGAUGGGAGUGAGAAAAAGAAGGGCGCUUCACUAAAAGGGAACUGGGAAGGGUAAUUUGAGAUUAGAGGGUUUGGAAGAUGUCUUUAGAAAAUAUGAUGAAUGUAAAAGAGAUAAGACCUCACUUUUUUCGUAAAAGGAUAAAAAAAAUAGAUAAUAAUUCGACGAAUGAGACUUCUUUAAAAGUGAUAAUUAUCGGUGAGUUCUAUGGAAGACUCGAAUAUUAACGGAAAUAAAACAAAGUCAAUGAUAUAAAUAUAAAAUAUAAUAUGAAUAAAACAAAGUCAAUGAUAGAAUUAUAUAAUAUAAAAUUAUUAUAUAUUGUGAUCAAUUUAAUCAUAAUCAUCACGCAAUCAGAGCCAAUCAACAAAUUGGACUGACUUUCGUAGUGUCCUCCGACAAUGAAAUCAAGAUGCAGCCUGACACAGUAAUGUUAGUUAAUUCAAUAUUUAAUUAUAUAUGCAAGUAGGAAAAUAUAUAUAAAGUUAUAAGCUUUAUAGAAUAGAUUUGUAGUUUCCGAUCAUCAAAAACUUAAAAAAUAAAAAAAAUUUAAAAAAAACUAGGGAGGUCAAAAUUUUAAACUAAAUUUAUAAACCAAAUGAUAUGUCACCAAUAAAAAAUAAACACAUUAAUCAACACUUAAAUAACAAUCUAAUCAUCAACAUCCACAUCAUUUGGUUAACAAAAUUUGGUUUAGAAAUUUGAUCUUCCUAACAUUACCCUUAAAAAAAAUCUAAGAAUAAAACACAUGGCUAAUGCAUCUGGCGACUCUCAAUCAUCCCAUGUUCAAAACUUGGUGGGUUAAAAAUGGAUGUGGGUUCUCUUGUGCAGUGAAUUAGUGUAGGAUGAAUACUAGUUUAUAUUGAUUUUUUCCUCGACUUAAUCAUUUUGAUCAAAUACUUUGAGUUUUUAUUCUAUUUGGCAUGCUCGCAACGCUGUUCGUUGUCAUGAGGAGGUUGUUUCCAUCAAUUAUGUUGUAAGGGCGAUUAAAUUUCAACUCCUUGAAAUUGAUUCUCUCAAUUCUGGCUAUAUGAAGAAUUUUGUGAAAGAGCUUUGCAUUCUUCAUUCUAUUGGUGUUUGUGGACGUCCUACUAAGGCUCCAAAAAUUAUUGAGUUAUUGUGGCGCUCGCCUUCUCAAUCUUGGAUCAAAAUAAAUAUUGAUGGUGCUGCAAGAGGUUCCCCUGGUGUGGCUACAUUUGGUGGUAUCUUUUGGGAUUUUACGGGUCAUUCUCUUGGUUGUUUUGCGGGUUCAAUAAGCUUGGCCUCUUCUUUGGAUGCCGAAUUACGCGUUGUUAUUCAUGCUGUAUCUUUAUUGGUAUAAAGGUUGGCAUUCCUUAUGGAUUGAAUGCGACUCCUUACUGGUUGUUCAUAUCUUCUUUCAUCAUCUUCACCUUCUUUGACAUUA